AUGGCUCAUCCCGCCGGCAGCGCCUUCCGAGCUGCUGUGCCUGCUCUGCCGCGGGUCGGGAGCAGCCCGGAGUGCCACCGCAUCCCUCGGCACCGAGCCCGGAGAGCAGCAGAGAUCGCCCCGGGGACACAGCGUGCUGAGGGCUCCUGGCAGUCCGGGAUCUUUCGAGUAUUCACUGCUCCCUUCCACAAGGUGGGCUUUGCAGAUUUCUGGCUGGCUGAUCAGCUCAACAGCCUGGUGGUGAUACUUAUGGAUUUGGAAUACAUGAUCUGCUUCUACAGCUUUGAGGUUCAGUGGGAGGACAAUGCUGGACUUCUGGCAGAUACAGAUAAUCAGAUUUGUAACAGCUACUCCUACGGAGUGAGAGCAGUUGUCCAGUGCAUCCCUGCUUGGUUGCGAUUCAUCCAGUGCCUGCGCCGUUACCGCGAUAACAAACGGGCCUUUCAUCUGGUUAACGCUGGAAAAUAUUCCACCACCUUCUUCGUGGUGACAUUUGCAGCCCUCUACAGCACUCACAAAGCUAAAAACCACAGCGACACCCAAGUGUUCUUCUACCUGUGGAUUAUCUUCUGUUUCAUCAGCUCUUGCUAUACUCUCAUUUGGGACCUGAAGAUGGACUGGGGUCUCUUUGACAAAAAUGCUGGUGAAAAUACCUUUCUCCGAGAAGGAAUUGUCUACCCACAGAAAGCAUACUACUAUUGUGCCAUUGUAGAAGAUGUCAUCCUGCGUUUUGCGUGGACCAUCCAGAUCUCCCUCACCUCCAUGCAAAUCUUUCCCUACGCUGGGGACAUCAUCUCUACUGUAUUUGCCCCACUUGAGGUGUUCCGGCGGUUUGUGUGGAACUUCUUCCGUCUGGAGAACGAGCACCUGAACAACUGCGGCGAGUUCCGCGCCGUCAGGGACAUCUCGGUGGCGCCGCUCAACGCCGACGACCUGACGCUGCUGGACCAGAUGAUGGACCAGGAGGACGGCGUGCGGAACCGCCGCAAGAACAAGCAGUGGAAGCGCAGCCUGAGCGUGUCCCUGCGCAGGCCCCGCCUCGCCUCGCAGUCCAAGGCUUCUGACACAAAGGUAUUGAUAGAGGACCUAGCAAACGAAGUGAACACAUGAGAUGGCCACGUUCUCUUAUUCCACAUCCUUUGUUUUCUCGUUCUGUUUCCCUCUUCCCCAAGUAACCCGAGCUCUGGUACAGAUCCAGCUGAAAACAGGAGAAAACACUGAACAUGUUUUCUGAGCUCUUCCAGACCAGAUCCUAUGGACUCCAACAAGCUCACUGUGUUUUGUUUCUUUUCUUCUGGGUUAAUUUUAAUGUUCUAUUUUAAACAAACAAACAAACAAACAAAAAUAAAAUAUUUUACUUUGUUUUGCCAAUAAAGAGGACAGUUCAGGAAAGAAGGAUUGUUUACAGUCUCAACAAGGACAUACAAACCUUAUCUGGAUAAUGAAGCAUCAUAGGGACUCCCUGAUGGGACAGUGCUGAGAGCACACUCGGUUUCUGCUGGGCCCGGUUUUGACUGGUUGAAACCGGACUUUUUAAAUCUGAUUUUUUUUUUUUUUGUUUUUUUUUUUUUUUUUCAUUUGUUUGGUUAUUUUCCUUCAUAUCCAGCGCUGAGGCACUGGCUGCACUUGCAGGGAAAGUGCACUUAGAGCAGUAUCUUCAUUCAUGAAGCUACUUUUUAAUUUGAUGUAACUUUUCUUAUAAUUUUUUGGAAAUAUGAUGUAUCUGUUGCAUAUAGUUUUCACAUUAUUUAUGAAACUUAACAACCAUAUGAGAGUGAUUUUGAGUCCUGUGCAAUGAAAGUUGUAAUGGUAAAAUGAAGUGGGGAAUGUAGAUCUCCAACUCCAGGGUUGUGGGGUGAUGCCCCUGCAAAUACCCCUCUUGUGAGACAACUUGCACCUGUGUGUACCUUCUCUCUCUUUUACUCCUUUUUAAUUUUAUUUUAAACCAAAGUUUCUGAUAUUUUUUUAGUUGCUGCUACUGCUUCUGGGCAUGUCUCUCGUGCCAGUUCAAAGCCAACUUCUCCAUGUGUAAAAGUGGUGCAGAUGAUCUGAGGAAAGGAGAGUUGGUUCCCACCAACAGCACAAAACACUGGGUGAACAAAGGCUUUGGAACUUCAUUCUCCAGAUCAAAAAGUACUUUUCCAAGCCUUAGGUGUGUCAUGAGGGCAUCUCAGUCCGAGCAGGGAGCUUUUCAGGAGUUCUCCAGCAGCCCAGCAAAGUGGGACAAGGCAAGGAGGUGACAGUUCUCAUGGGACAGGGGUUCACCAUGGGGCUAGGAGCAGUGGUGUGUUACAGGGAGCAUGGAAGGAGCUGUGGUGUGCCCUGAUGGGGAAGGUGAGAUGGAGAACAGCUCUUCUGUGGCUUCUGGUGUAGCAAAAAGCCUCUGUUGGGCACUGUCCUGGUGAUCUGCCCCUUGACUCAUCUCAUUCUCCCAGUUAGGAAGUGGCAUACAUGAGCAGACUUGGGUAAUGGACAGCUGAGCAAAUUAUGUUGGAAGAGAGAUGUGAAUUCUAUGGCCUGGGAGGGAGACAUGGAGGCCUCAGAGUCCUGUCAUCCUUCCCUUGGCACAGCUUGUUCUCUGUGAGUCUGCAAGGGAAGGGUGGCACUCCUGAAGGAGGAGCCUCACCUGGCUGGUGACAGUUUGGGCAGUGGAAUUGCAGGAGUCUCUCCUCAGUGGCUGUUGGUGGUUGUUUCCCUUAAUCAGCACAGUGUCUCCCAUGGCUGCUAUGUUGCAUUUCCUCAGUUUGCCUGCUGUGCCUCCUGCUCAGAGGAACUGAAGAAGGAAACUUGGUUCUCUGAUUUAAUUGGAAAUAGAUUAAUACCCCAUUGUGGGGCUGCUCCUCUCGUCUCCCUCUGUGUGGGGCUGCUGGUGGGAGCAGAGCCAGGUGAGCUAGGGCUGUGCUGUCCAUCUCCCCUGGAUUCCUGUCUUUACCUCCCUUAGGUCAGUUCAUGCUUAGAAUGGAGCAUCCCAUUCACAUGGAAGUGGAGUCUGGGAUAUAAAGCCCCUUAAAAUGUUUCAGGUUCCUAAUUUGCAUUGGUGCCAUGUCCAAACCAUGUGUAGGUAUUUCCAGCAGUGGGGACUGGAGCCAUCCCUGCCUGGGGAGGCUGGGGAGGGCAGCUGCACUGCGAGGGAGGCAAUCCAAAAUUAUUUGGAUUCAUUCAAAUCAAGUAACACCACUGGGUGUUACAUUUAGCAAGUGGGUUUUUUAUACAAAGAAUCUGAGCUUUACUGGUAAUUAUUUUCCUUUCAGAGGGAAAUUAAAAAUACAGAGACAUGGUGAGCAAUUUGGUUUAAUGGAGGGGAUCCCUGCCCUUGGCAAGGGGUUGGAACUAUAUGGUCCUUAAGGUUGCUUCCAAGCCAAACCAUUCCAUGGUUCUGUGAUUUGGAAGUGAUGCAGUCCCCUGGAGCACCCUGCCUUCCUCAGCUGGGCUGGGCAGGGCAUGGCUGGGUGGCCUCUGUCCAUCUGUCCAUCCCACUGCUGCACUGUCCAACCCUCUGCUUCCCAUUCUGGUGGGGAGGGUCGGGUUGGAAGUGAUUAAAUUCUUACCCAAAUCCUUAUGGGAAGCAGGAAUUCAGUGUGUCCAUCUGCUCUGCUCCUUGCUCUGCUCUUUCUCUUUUUCUGUCUUAACUGGCAGGAGAAGCAAGGAAAAAAAAAAAAAGGAGGUGGCAUGCUAUGAGGAGCAAACAUUAUCUCCUAAAAUAAAACAUUGUCCGUUUUGGCAGUGAGGAUGCUGUCUCAUGGGAAAGCAGCCUGAAUUCCCAGAAGUGUGGCUUUUAAAGGCUCCCAGAUCCCAGCCCUGGCUCUGCCUGUUCCCUCCCUCCCAGAGAUUUCUGAGAAAUCAGGCGUGCAGAUUCCUCCUGAGAGCGAGCACUAAAGCCAGGGUGGCUCCACAUCUAUGAGAACAUCUGGCCAAUAAAGGGAGACCUAGUGAACCAGAACAGAUGGUGAGAGAAAAUAGCCCUGUGGCUCCUUGGGAGCAGCAGGAGCAAGGGGAGUGGGGACAUUCCCGGGGUGACUGAGCUGGGUUUUGCUUGUGGGUGCUUGAAAACACUCCUGUAGGGAGAGCAGUGUCAAAAGGAGCUGAGGGUGAGGGGUGUAUCCAGGGCUGCAGCUGGAUGGGAGGUGGAAGCUGAGGAAGGUCUUCAGGCUUGUGAUUUUUACAGCUCUGAGGAUGGAGUGGAGCUGCUUUGGGCUGGUGAAACCCAUUAGGAUAGUGCAGUCUAAGGAGAGGAGAUGCCACACUGUGGCAUUUGUGACUUUUAGAGAUUCUCUUUGAACUUGCUUCUCCAUGCUGAUUCCCUCCUCCUUUCCAUCCUGCUGUUCCUCUGGGGAUUUUGGAGUUGCAGGGGGUGAGGUGUUGCAGCAUCCAGAGUUUAUCUGCUGGCUGGGCUUCCCCUCGUGGCUUUGGGAUGAAACACCAGGUCCCUGUGCUUGGGCUGGGCAAUGCCAUGUGCCAUGGGUGUGUUCCUGACAGGACAGCAGGGCAGGAUUGGGAUCUUUGGACUUGGCAAGCAGGAGUGGGAGCUUCUCCAAUGAGAACCAAUGCUGUUCCACACAUUUUCAAAGAAAUGCAUUUGCAGCACUCCUGGCUGCAGCCUGUAUGUAUCCAGGAAGCUCCUACCUCUCUCAUGAGGUGCAUUCCCAAAGUCAGCUGUGUUCAUCCAAGGCCUUUCCCAACCCUGCUCCUGGCCCUCCUCCUUCUCUCAAGUGUCUUUGUUGUUUGAUUCCAGUAAAAGGGGUCAACUGGCAGCAGCCUUCAGCAUGAACAUCUCGGAAUGGGAGAGAUCUCUGGUGGAAAUCUCAGCAGAGUUGGGUCCUGCUGUUCCUACUUCCCUAAAAAUGCUUGUGCUGCUUGUUCUGCCUCUGUGCUGGCACUCAGCUGCAAGGCUGAGCUGCAAGGGAGGGAAAGCACGUUCCUGGUUCAGGAGAUAACAGUCCCUGGGGAUUUUACUUCCAACAAGUAGUGGAGACAGUGUGAAGCCUUUGCUGUGUUCUGAACAGCCUUGGCCUUGUCCUGCAGGGAUGCUCUGCUCUGCUCUCUAGGCUUUGGGGCUGUGUCCCCAGUGUCAGGCUGUGUGCUGGGCAGUGUCCCAGGGCUGGGACAUGGCUUGGCAAGCUGGGAACACAAAAGCCACUUUGCUCACAUGCUGCAUCCUGGCUCCAUGUCCUCCCUCCUCUCCUCUGCCCUUCUGCUUUGUGCUAGCAGGGGCAAGGUGAUCUUCUGCCUUAAACAUUUUUUUUUAAUUUACAUUUUUAUUCCAGAAGGCAAUCAGAUUGUUUUGUCUCCCAGGGGGCUGGGGCUCCUGGGGGAAGAGUGGGAAAUCCCUGUGGUACCUCUGCAGCAGUCACAGCUGGGCUCAGUGGCUGUCACCUCAUCAAACCUGGCCUCCUUUACACGACCCCUGUCCCGAACUCUGCACCUUGGGGCGAGUGUCCCCUGCUGCCACCGUGGGCUUAGCUGGUGUGUCACCAUCCCUGGGGGCAGCAACACCCCGGGAAAGGGACACAACACGAGGAGCACCCCGAUGCUGGCACCCCAGCCCUGGCAAAGUGGGCAAGGUGCCCUCAAGCUCUGUAAACCAAAUUGCAAACUCUUCACUCCAGAGGAGAAAUUGGGCAUCCUGGUAGAACUCGUGGUGACCUCUCCACCCCGUAGCCCCUCGUGGCGCUCGGGAGAGCCCAGGCUGGAAACGCCAAAGUGCCCCCGGGUCCCGCCUUCCUCUCCCCUCCCUGCUGUGUUGGUCUAAAUGAUCUUUAUGAAGCCCUGUAGAUGUCAAAAGUAAUUAUGGAGUGUGAUUAGUCCUCUGUUGGUGCUUUCUUUCUUCCCCCCCUCCUUUCUCUUUUGCUAUCCCCUUCUCCACUCUUCUGUUUUGGCUCAGUGGAAAAGGUGAGGACAAAGAAUUGCCGCUUGCUUGGACUCAUGAUGUAUCUGUGACUGCGCUAUUAGCUGUCUCCUCCUUCCUCCCCAAAUGGAUAUAAUUUUUGAAGUGUGGAAUUCCCUUCUUGAUAAGUAGGUUUAAAAAAAAAAUACUGCACAAUGUGAUACUGUUUCAUAGUUUCUAGGUGGUUGUAUAAAGCAGAGUUACUGUGAUUGUGUUUUUUCAAAGGAAAAAGUGAUUGGUUACGAAAUCUGUCCUUUUUUCAUUAUUACAAGCUCUUUGUUUUCCAAUGA